AUUUGACGUCGAUAAAACGUUGUAAUACAGCUUAUACACUUAUUAACACUUAUCGCCUUGGGACUUGAGAUUGUACGCCUCUUCGAACCACACCAUCCUUGAAUAAACUCCUCAAGUGAGCAAGUGACAUACCCGCCAGACGGAUAGAGAAACACGAACAGCAUAUUCACGAAACGAUGACUGACCGAAUCAUCAGGCUCCAAGUUCAAGCCCAGAACUAUCCUUGGGGUAAAGUCGGCUCCGACUCGAUCAUCUCGGAGUUUGGACCUGAAGCUGGAGGUCCUGGUUGGUCGUUCGGGGAAGAGACGCCUUAUGCCGAGCUCUGGAUCUCCUCGACCCACCCCAACGCACCCGCCAAGAUCUACCCGCUCCCUUCUUCCACUUCGCUCAUCCAACAGACCUUGCAGACGAUUUCUCCGGCUUAUUUCGGCAAGACCCUGUCUAGCUACCUAGGGGAGAACCCUGGGUUGUUGGGUAAGGCUGGGGAAGGGUUUGGAGCGCCGGUAGAGGCUGGGAAGGGGGAGAGGUUUUUGCCGUUCUUGAUGAAGGUCUUGACUUGUAAACAAGCCCUGCCCCUGCAGAUCCACCCGGACAAGGAGUUGUCGAGAAGGCUUCACAGGAAGAACCCCAAACAAUUUGCGGACUUCAAUCAUAAACCCGAGAUCGCGGUCGCUCUUACCCCUUUCCUCGGGUUCGCAGGGUUCCAACCCAUCAUCACGAUCAAAUCCCUCCUCACCUCGAUCCCCGAACUGGACGCCCUUCUCCGUCCAUUCGAGUCUUAUCAGACCUUUAUCUCGGCUACGCCCAAGGCGACUUCGGCAGAUCUCAAGGAACUCGUGCGGAGCGUCUUGAGGAUGGAUCCCAAGUCGGAUGCUUCCGGGUUACUGAAGACCGUCAAGGACGCCCUCGCCGCGGGGACCGGGAUGGCCGCCCCGGAAAAGGAGGCGAGGGACGGUAACGACGUUGACGCGGCCAUCGAAGGAUUACUGAGCCGGUUCGAGAGGGAAGGGGUCGAGGCGUUUGGAAAGGCCGAGCUCGGGGACGAGGAGAAGAAGAGGCUGGUCAAGGCGUUGAAGAAGAUGCAAGAGUUCUACAAAGGGGAUCCGGGAAGCAUCGUCGCUGCGUUCAUGAUGAACCUCAUCGAGUUGCGGCCCGGUGAAGGGAUCUACGUCGGAGCCGAUGGGGUCCACGCCUGGUUGGACGGCCAGAUCAUCGAGCUCAUGGCGACCAGCGACAACGUUCUCAACCUCGGCUUCGUCCCUGCGGCGGAAAAGGACUCGGUCGACCUGUUCAUCGACGCUGUGACGUGCGAGCCCAAGUCGGGGGAAGAGUACAAGUUGAGCAAGCAAGAGUGGAAGUUGAGCUCGGGCGCUGGGGCGACGAUCUACAAGGUCCCGACCGAGGAAUUCUCGCUUUACCACGUCGACGGUAACGCUCAGAAAUCGACGAUCAUCAAACCCCUCAACGGACCUACUGUCUGCAUCGUGACCGCCGUCAACACCACGGCUGGCAAGAUCAUCCAGACAAGGACGGUUGAAGACAGUUCGGCUCGGGCCGAGGUCGACGAUAUCAAGCGUGGACAGGUCUACCUGAUCGGAGCGGGGACCGAGGUCGAGUUCGCGCCCGGGGUCGAGGUCUGGGCGAGCUUUUGGGACGAUCAGGAGCAGGAGCAAUCGGGUACCGCGUGAGUAGGCAUGGAAGACUGUAUCGAAACGAGCUUGGAUCGGAGGCGUCCGGGAGGAUUUGCGGCCGGUGACGAUCGCAAACGACAACCACGGCGGGGCAGGAAAGAA